CGCAGUCCGCGUCCGCAUUUUAUCAUGGCCCGCCAGUGACACCUAAAUACAAAAAAACAAACAAAAAAAACGUGUUUUCAACUAGAGAACAGGAGAUAGUCAAAAUGCCAAUUAAAGAAGUUUUUGUAGAAACAGAUGUGUACCUUACUUGUUUAAGUCAUGCCCUAUCCACAGAGAAAGAAGAGGUUAUGGGACUGCUGUUAGGUCACGUAGAUCAACGUCUCGAUUUAUCAGUUCAAGCGGGUGGUUUGUAUGGACAAUCAUUUAUUGAAAAUGUAAUCAUUCUUCAAAGAAGUGUCCGUCAAGCUGAUCGAGUUGAAAUAUCUCCCUUGCAAUUGUCUGCAGCUGCUCAAGAAGCUGAAAAACUAUCAAUUGAGCUUGGUAAACCAAUUAGGGUACUUGGAUGGUACCACUCACAUCCACAUAUUACUGUUCAGCCAUCACAUGUUGAUAUGCAAACACAGUCCAAUUACCAAGCUAUGGAUCCUGACUUUGUAGGAUUAAUAUUAUCAGUUUUUCAACAAGAAAAUAAUGAAAAGUUUGCCAAUUCUUCACUGAUUUGCUUCCAAGCAGUAAAUAUUGACGGUGUUUUGAGAAGUCGAGAAAUUGUGCUGAGUAUUUCUCCCCCGGAAUCUGCCGCAGGGCGUGAAAUCAAAACAUUAGCAAAAAUUCCAUUAAUUUUGUUAAGUGAAGAGAGAGAACAUGUGGAUAAAUGCUCCUCUAGUGACUUGGUUUCUAAAGUACAGAACAAAGCAGUAUUUACGCAAGCAAUUUGUCAACUACUUCAAUGUUGCGAAAUGCCCUGCGUCAGUGCAGUUCUCGCUUAUGAACAAUCUUUGUUAAACAAUUUAUAUCGUUUACAGUUAGUAAAGCAAAGUUUUGAUAAUCUAACUAAAUGUUAGUGAUGCUAUCAAUGAUUACGGAGAAUAUCGAUGGUUCAAAAUAACCACUAAGGUUGCUUGCAGGCGAUGAAGAUCGAUAAUUGGAACAUAUAUCUUGUUUAUAGUAAUAGCCCACUGUAUUGUCAAUAACCCAAUUAAAACAGAAGCACAAACUAAUGAACAUGCAUUUUACUUAACAACUUAACAUUAUUGUGCUUACAGUGGAUGUUGGAGGAUCAGUACAAUGAGAGAUGGUGACAAGCUCUAGUUGUUGACAUCUUGAUUGUCCAGUCCCAUUUGAGAAUUUGGUGAUUUGGUUGACUGUGUACUCAAGUUUCUUGCAUAAACAAAAUGAAUCAGUAAACAGCAUUACGUAUAAA